GAGGAGGAGGAGGAGGCGUUGCGUUGCCACCGAAAGGCCCGGCCCCGGAGAGGGACCCCGCGGAAAGCAGAGAUGGCGGAUGCCGGGGGAGAGGAAGCGAGUCAUGGCACGGAGCCAGAGACCAGCGGGAGCCCGGAGGCCCCCCAACCGCCCGGGCCUCCUCUCGGCGCCACAAGUGGGCAGGCAGGUCGCAAUCUGAAGGAGUGGCUGAAGGAGCAGUUCUGUGACCAACCCCUUGAGUGCUGUGAAGACACUCGGCUGCAUGACGCUGCUUACGUGGGGGACUUGCAGACCAUCAGAAGCCUGUUGCAGGAAGAGAACUUCCAAAGCCGCAUCAAUGAGAAAUCUGUCUGGUGUUGCGGCUGGCUGCCUUGUACACCUCUGCGAAUUGCUGCCACAGCAGGUCACGGACAUUGUGUGGACUUCCUGAUUCAGAAAGGGGCAGAGAUCGACCUGGUGGACGUGAAAGGGCAGACCGCCCUCUAUGUUGCUGUGGUGAAUGGGCACCUGGAAUGUGCUCGGAUCCUCCUGGAAGCUGGUGCGGACCCCAAUGGGAGUCGUCACCAUCGCAGCACCCCAGUGUAUCACGCUGCUCGUGUGGGCAGAGCGGACAUCCUGAAAGAACUGAUCAGAUAUGGUGCUGAUGUGGACAUCAACCAUUCCUUGGCCCCUGGGAUCACCAGCCCACCUUCUCGGCCCCUCACAUCCUUGGUGGUGUGCCCUCUGUAUAUCAGUGCUGCUUAUCACAACCUGCCCUGCUUCCGGCUGCUUUUGCAAGCAGGAGCCAACCCAGAUUUUAACUCUUGUGGCCCCGUAAACAUCAAGGGCUUCUCCAGGGGCUCUGCAGUGUGUGUGCUGGAUGCCGUUUUGCGACAUGGCUGUGACGUAGCCUUUGUCAACCUCCUGAUAGACUUUGGGGCCAACCUGAACCUGGUGAAAUGGGAAACACCAGGAGAAGAGACUACAGGAAGGGUCAAAGUCAACCCAGAAGCUAUGCAGGUGUUCAAAGAAGCCAGGAGCUGUCCUAGGAAUUUGAUGUCUUUGUGCCGGAUAGCAGUGAGAAGGAUACUUGGCAAAUACCGCCUGCACCUGAUACACACUCUUCCGGUUCCAGACUCCAUCACAUUUUUUUUACUUCAUGAACAAUACUCCCGGUGGCACAGCGGAUUAAACCACUGAGCUGCUGAACUUGCUGACCAAACGUUCAAAGGUUCGGUAUCCGGGAAGUGGGGUGAGCUCCCACUGUUAGCCCCAGCUUCUGUCCACCUAACAGUUUGAAAACAUACAAAUGUGAGUAGAGCAAUAGCAGGAAGGUAAUGGCUCUGCAUGCAGUCAUGCCAGCCACAUGACCUUGGAGGCGUUUAUGGACAAUGCCGGCUCUUUGGCUUAGAAAUGGAGAUGAGCACCAACCCCCCAGAGUCAGACAUGACUAGACUUAAUGUCAGGGGAAAACCUUUACCUUUACUUAUACUCCUCCCACAUCUGGAGAUACAGGAUGAAUUAGAUAAUUUUACACAACUGAAAGUAUUUCUGACCUCUAGAGAACUGCAAUAAAAUAUCACACAGUUUUAAUAUUUCGGUUCUAGUUUGGUUCCAAGACUUCCUUCAUGCCAUGUCACACAGUCAGCCUAGCAUUCCACCCGUUAUCCCUGGCUCCCAGCUCUUUUUUCCUUUCCAGUACAGCUUAUUUUUUAAAAAAUCCCAAAUGUAUUGUUUUAAAAGCCCUCCAAAUCUGUCCACACUCCUGAAUUUCUUUGACAAAUCUGCUUUAUAUGCAGCAGUUCCCAUAGAGUCAGAGCUAUAGCUAUGGACGCAGAAGAGGGCAAACUGAGGUCAUUGCCCCUCCAAAUAAGAAUUCUGCUCCCCAGUGAAUUUUUCUUUUAGUCCUCAAAUGUCUAGUGUUGUGGAGAACAACAUACUGAAUAUCAUUCAUGCCUAGAACAAUUUUAUUUGUUGUGUUUACAUUUCCUUGAUUGCUUUACCUGCCCCUUUUCUUUGGAUGGCUAAACUGCCUUUCUCGGUGCUCAACCAGGGUUUCAAGUUAUAUUACAAUUUUUUGGACUGAAUGAAAAUUUCAUGAGAGAGAAGAAUUCUCAAUGAGAGAAUGAACUCACCCCAAUCUCAAUAACUCCAUGUCUGCAUAGCUUGGAAUGAUAUUGGUUUAACAGCUAGUCUGCACAAAGAACCAUUGCAAGUUAGGUAGGAAUCACCUGAUAACACUAUGUAACACAAUUUUUGUUCCUGGGUUAUAAAUGUCAUUUCCUAAUUGGUUCUAUCAUAAAAACAUGGAAAAGGUUUAUUAAACUGCAAAAAACCUUCUGUUUUUGUGAGACAUUCUGCAGCACAUGUUGCUAUAGUUUUUUUAAAUGAAUAUCUAAUUGAGUCUCAGCCAAUUCAACAUAGUUUGUGACAGCCACAAAAACAAAGUUUCUGGAGAAUAACAACUAAUUUCAAAGUAAGCGCUGCACAAUUAAACAGGAAAUGACACUUUCAAACAAGGGACAGAAAAUUGUUCAAAUUUUGUUACAUAGUGUAAUGUGUAGCUUUUGUCACAACUCUUUAGGUAAGUCAACAACAAAAUGAAUCAUAUAAUUUGACAUUGAAUGUGCAACCACCCAAAGUUAUUUGCAUAGUGAUAGCCUGACUGUUGUUCCUGGAGGCAUUCUUUGGGAGAUGUUAACUGGCACUUGAUUGUUUGUUGUCUGGAAUUCUCCUGUUUCUGAGUGGUGUUCUUUAUUUACUGUCUUGAUUCUGGUAUUUGACUCUGAUCCCUCCAGGAACAACAGCAGGGUUACCUCUAUGCAGAUACCCUCACUGAUUGAUUUUGCAGCUGCAAGGCUACUCAAUGCUAAUCAAGCUUGCUAACUGCAACAUUCACACUUGCUUCAAACAGACAAGGGUUCUUUCUCCCACCCUAGACAUUCCAUAGAUAGAUAGAUAGAUAGAUAGAUAGAUAGAUAGAUAGAUAGAUAGAUAGAUACACACACACACACACACACACACAUAUAUAUAUAUAUACACACACACUCCACUUGCCUCAUUUCCAACAGACCUCUGAACAAACAUCUGAGGAUGCCUGCCACAGAUGCAGGUCAAACAUUAGGAGAGAAUGCUACUGGAACAUGGCCAUAAAGCCCAAAAAACUCACAGCAAUCCAAUAAUUCUGGUCAUGAAAACCUUCGACAACACAAAUAUCAGUUUGACUGUAUAUAUAUUUUUCUCCUAUAUCACAAAAGCUUACAAAUCUCACUGCCUCUUUCUCACUGUAAUCCCUUUGUAUUAAUAAUAUAUGCUGUUUUCACAGUGUUCUCCAGGAUGAGGCAUUGCAUUAACAAAUCCUCAGUCCAUGGUGGAUUUUAAAAAGCCUGAUACUUUCCAUGCCUGCAUUCCAUUACAAAAUGGCAUGAGACAUUCGAAGGUGAGCAAAAUAUUCGAAGAUUACUGUGUCCAAAGUUGCUAUACACAGAGGCUGGAUCUACAAGACCAAAUAAUACCAUUUGUACUGCAUUGUAUAUGUAGACCCAUAUAAUGCAGCUUCAACUGCAUUGAACUGGAUUGCAUGAAUCUACACUGACUAUAUAAUUGAAUUUAAAUGGCAUUAUUUGUUAGUGUAGAUCCAACCCGAGUCCACACAGCCAUAUAAUCCAGUUCAAUGUGGAUUUUAUACAGUUAUGAGGAAGGGGCCUUAGUAUAAAUAAAUACAUAAGUAUACCAAUUUACAAUACAAAAAAACCCCCAAUAACUAUAGUAUAUAUCUUCUCAAUUCUUAUAAUCAAGUGAUUCAAACUAUAUUGUGGUUAAAUCCUCUUCUGUUCAGAUAUUCUGCAAAUAAAUUGUAUUUUUUGGCAUCUCUUUAAGAAUGUAUCUUAAUCCAGUGUUUCCAUGAACCAUUUCCCCCAGUCUGGUGUUAGAAUUGCUAUGUUAAUUUUUUUAAUUAUUUGAAUAUUUCAUGCUAUUAUCUGUUCACCAAGUGCACUUGAGAGAACUUACCACCAGCAGCUAUUAGACUGCACCUUGACAAAUCUGUUGACAAUUGUCCUGUUUUGUCAUCUUUACUCUGAUGGCAUUACUAGCUAAUAUCGAUUAAUAUGUUGUUUUCUUUAUGUCCCACCCAUUUCUUUUUUUGAGUCCCACCCAUGGGAGAAAAGCAGGAUAAAUAAAUAAUGUUGGUGUGGGCCUUCAAGCUGACUGACACAAGGUAACCCCAUCCUAAAGAGUUGAUCAAAGGGUUUGCUAUUGCCUUCCACUGAGGCUGAGAGAUGGUGACUUGUCCAAGGCCACACAGUGGGAAUCCAUGUCUGAGCAAGGAUUCAAACCCUGUCCUGGAGUCCUCAUCCAACACCUAUCACAUUCACACACUUAUUCUCCUUGGCAUUGUCACUGCCAUCUGAACUAUGAUUUUUGUCAUUUACUCUUCCUUGUGAUGAUUAUUUGACUAUUGUGUACGCUACUGCCACUAUUUUCAGGGAUGGGGAAAGAUCUAGGGUAUCUUAUCCCCAUUUCUCCAAGGAGUGAUAUGGGGAACACAACACAAAUUGUGGUUUGGUUUCAUUAGGAGGGAAGUUAUUGGGGAUUUACUAGCUUUUCGUAGUAUCCAUCACCAUUAUGAGUAACAACUUUGAAUUUGUAUGCAAGUUGGAACAUGUAUGUUUUUUAACUCCAGCCAAAUAUAUAUGUGUGUGUACCCUUAGGACCCCUGUACUAUAUAUAUUAGCUUUGGAUAGCAUGGGGAAGGGUAGUGUGGUGUUUGUUUUGCUAUCUGUGCCCCUAUCAGAAGAUUUCACUUCAAUGUGUUGUCGAAGGCUUUCAUGGCUGGGAUCACAGGGUUGUUGUAUGUCUUUCGGGCUGUGUGGCCAUGUUCCAGAAGCAUUCUCUCCUGACGUUUCACCCACAUCUAUGGCAGGCAUCCUCAGAGGUUGUGAGGUAUGGAUAAACUAAGUAAGGGAAGGAAAGAAUAUAUGAUUUCACUUCACUUUCUGUCCCUGUGACAACUGAAUUUUGGAAAAUGCAGCUUGUUGUGGAAACAAGGGUUGGUGAGAAAGCUUCAGUGGAGACACCUUUUCCCCAUGAUAGUUGUUAUUUGUUGGGCAUUGAAUGUUUGAAUCAUAGAAUCAUAGUUGGAAGAGACCUCCUGGGCCAUCCAGUCCAACCCCCUGCCAAGAAGCAGGAAAAUUACAUUCAAAGCACCCCUGACAGAUGGCUAUCCAACCUCUGCUUAAAAGCCUCCAAAGAAGGAGCCUCCACCACACUCCGGGGCAGAGAGUUCCACUUCUGAACAGCUCUCAUAGUUAGGAAGUUCUUCCUAAUGUUCAGGUGGAAUCUCCUUUCCUGUAGUUCCAUCCUAGUCUCCAGGGCAGCAGAAAACAAGCUUGCUCCCUCCUUCCUAUGACUUCUCCUUACAUAUUUAUACAUGGCCAUCAUGUCCCCUCUCAGCCUUCUCUUCUGCAGGCUAAACAUGUUUGCUCAUUUUGUUAUUUUUGUAAACCGCCCUGAGACCCUUCGGGGAGAGAGGGUGGAUUAUAACUAAAAUGUUAUUGUUGUUGUUGUUCUUGUUCUUGUUGUUCUUGUUGUUCUUGUUGUUGUUUUCCCUGGAGUUAAUUUCCCUUCUGAAUAGUAGAUUUCUCUCGCUUCCUCUUGCCUCACCCCUAUUCUUAACUGUGAGUCAUUUGUAAAUCAGAUAUUUGUAACUUGGGGACUGCCUGCACUCAUUCAAGCCUCCAGGUCUCCUGAGUAGUAGUUCAACACUCAAACCACUACACCACAGAGCAUUUUAUACCUCUGCCCCCCACAUCCUGGACACCUUCAUUCGUUCUGUUUUCUUUGGGACAGAUUUGCUUGUGUUUUCGUCCUGUGAAUCUGGCUCAGAGUCAAGCAGCUUUAUAGUGAAGGAAACUUGUGCCCUCUGGUUUUUGAAUUAUAAAUGGAAAAGCCAUACUGUUUUGGAACAAACAGAACAAGUCAUUAGAAGAUCUGGCAACUUGAUUAUUGCCUUUCUACAGAAUGAGGCAUUAUUUUAGUGGAGGAAAAGACCCCAGAAAAAGCCAACCAGUUGUCACCUUUUCCAGGGUGGAAUUCUUGCAUUUUCUUUUAAUGUCACGCAGGCCACAAAUUAGAAUUCCAGGUGAGUGACAAAACUACAUUUCAAAUGCAAUUAAUGACAAUUUUGUGAAAGCUGUCUGAAGAUAGUUGCUGACAUAUCACCCCAAUUAGAUGCUGUUGCUAAGAAGCUGAAAACCACCUGAGAGCUCAUGCUAACACUUGUGCUUCCAGCAUAUUGGAUAAGCAGAUUAUUUGAUGACAACUAAACCAGGUUCACCUAAACAAUUAACUUCAAGUUAGCAGAACUUUAAUACUCUUUCAGGUCCUGCUGUGUGCCCACUGAAGACUGUAUUCUUGUAUACGCUGGAGGUCAGUUUGCACCUAAAGAAACAAAGAAAACCAUUAAUCCAGGAAUCUGAAACAAACAUGUGGAUAGAAUUAGUCUAUUGGUACAACUAAAAACCCUUUUACACUGCCAUACAAUCCACAUUAUCAAAGCAGAUAAUCAACAUUAUCUGCUUUGGACUGGAUUAUAUGAGUCUACACUGCCAUAUAAUCAAGUUCUAAGCAGAUAAUCUGGAUUUUAUAUGGCAGUGUGGUAGGGGCCUAAGUGGAUACCAGCUCCACAAACUAACUAAGGCAUGAUGGAGUUGUGCCCUAGUGGCUCUUUUCUCCCUCAGCGGCCACAACAGUUAUAACAAAUAACUUCAAACAUCUGUAAUUUUUCCCGUAUACACAUAAUUACAUUUCUUCCCCCAGAUACAUUUUAAUUUUGAGCUUGUAUUGAAAAAGUGCUACCAUGGAAUACCAUGAACUACUGAAUGGCCUUCAGAAAGCUAAUUGCAACCGCAUCCCAAACUAUAUCAGUGGCAUGGCAAUGAUAUAUAGGAUUCCCUUCAGAUUCAUUAGAAGACCUCUCUAUGUGGGUGCUGUUACCGUACCACACCUCCUGCUGCCACUACCUAUCAAUCUCUCUUUUGAAGGUGCCUUAAAAUAUGGUGUGAUUUUGUGUCACCUGGAAUCUCACUUUGCUUCAUUGUGGAUUGUCUUUAUUACAGGGCUUUUGACACAAAAUGUAUUCAGAAGUGGUUGACCUUCCUCACAGCAGUAACCAAAGUUUGCUGAAGGACCUCUACUGUUGUCUCCAAGAGAUCGUUUGCCUUUGUCAACCUGCCAUUACACAAUCCUUCCCUCCUUCUGUGGGUUAAGGUCAUUGGUCUGAGUUAUAAAUAAUAAGAUUAAACCUUAGAUGCUGAGUUUACAUGUAAUAUUUCGCUUACAUUUAGUAUUUAAAACAUAACAGUAGCACGUUAGGUUAAACAUCUAACAUUUAUAGCUUAAAAGUUUCUUGUUAUGCUGCCCUGGUGCCUCUCUUCCCCAAUCCAAGUCCAUUUUUUUUUCAGUGCAAAGUUAUUUCCUCUCCUUCCACAUUUUCAUAAAAUUAUGACCUUAUCUGUCCCUAAAUUUCCCUGUUUUAUACUGGCGUAAUGGAGUCCCACUGAGGUUUUCCAACAACACACAGCCACUUCUGGUGGCUGUUCGUUGAAAUCUGUCUCACCAGCAUGCUAAGAUGGUCAGAGGAGUCAGUUUUCAGGAGUAGGGUGUUCCCCUGACUCCCGAUAGAAGACAGCAGCAGGAAUUGGAGGACAGCUGGGAAACGUGGGAUGGCCGGCCAUCCUUGAAGAUGGAUCUUGCUGGGGUAGAUCUAUUAAGGACGCUUCCCCCCACUUUCCUCCCCUUCCCCUCUCCUUCCCUCAUUCCCGUGGGAUAAGGUCCUUAAUCUGAGUUAGGAACCUGUUCUUACAAUUACUAUUAUAUUCUUGGGUGUUUUAGGUUGUUGUCCAAGCAGAUCCUCUUGAGGACAGUUUCAUUUUUCAACUGCAGAUGUUUCCCCAAACCUUCUGCACUACACUGAGGCUGGCAUUUUACAGGCCUUUAUACGAACUCCAGAAUUGGGUGUUUUAUUAUGUAUUUGCUUCUCCUAGACUGCUGUAACUUUUCCCCAGCUGUGUUGCAGAUCCAACUUUCUUUUCCUUGAGUUUUCAAGUGUUGUGCCAUUAGUGAAAGAAUAAAACGUUUCACUAGGGCUAAAAAGUAUGUUUUCCAGGUCACCCUUUGUUUGGCUGGUAUUUUGAAAUGCAGCAUGGAGACAGAAUGUUGUUAAGAGUAUGGGAUAGCCUUUAGUUUAUCUUUAAAACACCAUUCUUUGAGGGCUAAAAAAACAAGAUGACCAAAAUAGUUCUCCUGAUGUUACAAUUUAAACUUAAAAGCAGCUGUGAGUUCUGAACUGGAUUGGAGACAGAUUAGUUUUUUUGCACUGCUUUUCCAUUAAACCUCUCUUAACUGGUUAUUGGUUCACAGGCAUGUUUAUGUAUUUAAAUUAUAUUAUUAUAAUAUAAUAUAUUUUUAAUAUAUUAUAAUAUAGCUUGGUCACACGAAGCUGCUGAAGCACAUUUACAGCAGUGUCUUUUGUUCAGGCUUAUUGCUUAAUGCCUUGGCUGUCCUGUGGCUGCAUUGUAUUGAGUCAUCAUUGGAUUGCCUCCUUUCAUUGAUGGGGAAAAACCUGUCAAUGACUCCAAGAUCAGUUGUUCCACUAUUGUUUUCUUUUGGGAGAGUUCUUUGCACUGUAGUGCUAAUAUUCCAAAGCGAAGGAAGGUUUCAUAAGAAUACCAAAAUGGUGUGAUUGUGCAGAUCCUGCAAAAUUUGGGGGGGGGGGGGGGUAGCACACACAUGUUAAGAUGGAUAGAAAAGCUGAUAUUGGGAAUUUGCAUCACCAAGGCAUCAGCAUAACGCAAUUGCAGUAACGUGUGAAUGUGAUCAUUCUAAUAACAGUAUAUUCCCAUUUGCCUAAACAACACAGUUGUUGCGAGACUGCACAAUAAAAUCCGUAAAGCCAAAAAUACAGAAACACUAGAAUUCGAAGGACAGUAAGUUGAUAAUUAGAAGCUGUUUUUCCUUCAGUAAUGCAAUUGCUUUUGAAACACAAGUUUAGAAAAUCAAACAUCUGGCCUAUGUGUGCCUGACAAGGGGCAAUCACUAGGGGUGUGUGAUCCAUUUAAAAAUGGUUCAAACGUCACUACAAAACUGGGGGGCAUUGAUAUUUCAUUUCUCAAGUCUUUCUAAAGUAUAGUUAGUGAAAAAUUGUUACUAUAAUGGAAGUAACAAAAUUUCGUUACUAUUUCAUUAUAUUAAUUGCACAUAAUUACUAUAAUUUAAAGCUAUUGGAGUAAAAAUUGCUACAAUGAUAGAACAUGUUUACCAUGGUUAGCCCACCAAAUUUCAGAACAUUUCACUUAUCCAUGGAUUUUUGGGGAAUUUUCAAAGUUUUUAUAAAAAACAUUUUAAAAAACUUCAAGAGCUAUCUACUGGAAUUGUAUAUUCAUUGCCAAGAUAACCAAGGCAUCAAUCCCCAGAAGUUUCAGACAGAUUCACACAUCUACAGAUUUUUGGAAAUUUUUUAAAAUUUAGACAAAAACCAUUUAUCCCCCCCCCCCCCCAAAAGUGACAACAGCAACCCGCUUGAAUGUCUGUCUUAUGACACACAACCACAUAACUUCAACUUAGCACAGAUUUUUACUAUUGCUUACUUUAGUCCUCUUUGCAGAUUCAGUAAUUUUAUUUAUUAUUAUUAGGCUGACUCUAAAUGGCUAGUGCCAUUAGGACUUUCAGAUGCUAAGCACUGCAUUCUGGGAAAUGUAGUUUAGGGCAGGGCCUUUUGCAGUCUCUGCCACAGAGAGCCUUCCCUUCCCAAACUACAUUUCUAAAAAUGCUGUUGUCUCAGUCUCCCGCUCAAGUUUGCAAGACUCUUCCCCCGUGCCUUCCUUAUGCUGAUCGGGCCAAAAUAAAACAGGAUUGGUAUUUAAAACACUUUAUGUUCUCUUGGCUUUACCAAAGUUGCUUAAUGCUUAUACUGAAAAUCCAACUGACCUUGGAAGGCAUCCAAAUGUUAUAGAAUCUUAAUGAAAAUGAUUGGUGUUUCAUUUCUUAAAUUCUCCCUCCCCACCUUCCCUGCAUGUUUCUAAUAUAGAUUUGUAUGCAUGAAUUUAACGAAUUUGAUAUGAAAUACAAAGAGUAAUGAUAAUUUUGCACACCCCUAGCAAUCACUUUUCUCACCCCCCCAAACAAGCAUUUCUCUAGAUUAUAUUUAGAUUUAUUGUUUAUCUCUGUGGUAGGAAACUGAGAGCUAAUAUUUCAGAAUCAUAUGGUGAAGCAUGGGAAAUACAAGAAACAUAAUGCGAUUGCAGGGGAGAGAAAGAAAUGUUUUUCUUUUAAUUGUUAGACAGCUUUCACCACUUGAGGGUGCACUCUUUCUAAAUUCAGCUUCAACAACUGCUCUGUUUUGACCACUGUUUACACUUUCAAUUUCACAUGACUUAAAGCAAACAGGAAAAGGGGGAGAUUUUGUCCAUCCCUUCAAGCUAUAGAGUCAUUCAAAGAUCUGUGCUGUCCAGGAACAGCUACAUGCACAUAUACCUCUCCAUCCUGAUGACAAUGCCUCUUUUUAGGGUCCCUGAAGAAAUGGAAAGACCCCUUAAAACAUCCAUGAGUUAUUUAUAAACCCCAGGUUAACAAACAUACAGUAGAGUCUCACUUAUCCAGCAUAAACAGGCCGCCAGAAUGUUGGAUAAGCAAAAAUAUUGAAUAAUGAGGAAUUAAGGAAAAGCCUAUUAAACAUCAAAUUAUGUUAUGAUUUUACAAAUUAAGCACCAAAACAACAUGUUUUACAACAAAUCAACAGAAAAAAAACAGUUCAAUACAUGGUAAUGUUAUCUAGUAAUUACCGUAGUUCCGAAUUUAGCACCAAAACGUCACAAUAUAUUGAAAACAUUGACUACAAAAACAUUGGCUACUAACAAAUUGACUACAAAUAAAGAUAGAAUUGCAUAAAAUGAACUUACAGUGACAACAUUGUCGGACGUUAAAUCCAUAAAAAGCUCAAUCCCUGCUGCCUAGAGAAACAGCUGUGGAUCCGGGCGGGAAGCAGGCUGUGUUGGAUAAUCCAGAAUGUUGGAUAAGUGAAUGUUGGAUAAGUGAGACUACUGUACAUUGGCAAAAGAGCCUGUCUGUGGGAUAGUAUAGCAUGCUCUUACAUUAUUUGCCACAUAGGGUAAUAUAAUAACAUCUAUCUGCAUUACUUGAGUCUACAAUGACCAUAUAAUGCAGUUUCGCACUGCAUUAUAUGGCAGUGUAGAAAAGACCAAAGUUUAUAUGUGUUGUCAAAAGCUUUCAUGGCCGGAAUCACUGGAUUGGUGUGUGUUUUCCGGGCCAUGUUCCAGAAGCAUUCUCUCUUGCCGUUUCGCCCACAUCUAUGGCAGGCAUCUUCAGAGGUUGAGGGUUGGAAUGAUAUGAAAUCCAGCAUAUAUAUCUCAUUUGCUGUGUCAUACUAUGUCUUUGUGAUAAUAAUAAUAAUAAUAAUAAUAAUAAUAAUAAUAAUAAUAAUAAUAGCCAUCAUUAUUACAUUUGCCUCUAAUAGUCUUCCCUCCAGUGAGCAGCCGGACAUUAUUUCCUGGAGGAUGGAUUGGUUGGAUCUUCUUGCGGUCCAAGGCAUUUUCAGAAUUUUCUUCCAACACCACAGUACAAAGGCAUCAAUCUUCCUUUGCUCAGCCUUUCUUAUGGUCCAGUUCUUGCAUCCAUAGGUUACCACUUGGCUUUAAAAGUCUCCAAAGAAAGAGCCUCCACCACACUUCAUGGCAGAGAGUUCCACUGCCGAACAGCUCUCACAGUUAGGAAGUUCUUCCUCAUGUUCAAGUGAAAUCUCCAAAGUUUUAAAGUGACAGAUACUAUACUAAAUAUCUGUCUAUAUAAAGUGACAGACACUAUAUCUAAAGUUGAAUGGAACAGGGCUGAAAAAAUGAAUGUUUCCAAAUAGGUUUGAAAUAGUAAAUAGAGAAAUAGAGAAAAUAGAGAAAUAGGUACAGUGGCAGGAGGAAACAAAAUGACAGCAAGAUCAACCAAAUGUGUCUGUUCCGGACUGAACAGAGUACACUUUUCAUAGAAUCAUAGAAUAAUAGAGUUGGAAGAAACAGAAUGGGCUAUCCAUCCAACCCCCUGCUUCAGAACUCUGCAACAUGGUGGUGAAAUUAAAAAUUGUAACGUUGUUGUUGUUGUUGUUGUUGUUGUUGUUGUUGUUGUUGAAUAUCCUUAUCCAAGAUGCCUGGAAAGCAGAAAUGUUUUGGAUUUCAGAUGAUGAUGAUGAUGAUGGAUCUUGAAAUACCUGAAUUUACAUAUAUGUAAAUAAUGAGAGAUCUUUCAGAUGGGAUCCAAGUAUAAAAAUCAUUUAUAUUUUAUCUCAAACCUAUCCACAUAUACUUUUUAAUGCAUAAAAUUAUUUAAAACUGUGUAUCUGUUUUUCUCGAAUUUAUACCCAAUAUUUUAAAUAAUUUUAUGCAUUACAAACACAUGUGUUAAGCCAGUGGUUCUCAACCUGAGGUCCCCAGGUGUUUUGACCUACAACUCCCAGAAAUCCCAGCCAGUUUGCCAGCUGUUAGGAUCUCUGGGAGUUGAAGGCCAAAAACAUCUGGGGACCCCAGGUUGAGAACGAGUGUUAAGCCAUCGGAAAGCAAAGGUCUCAGCUACCCAUGUGGACAAUUUUGGAUUUUUGAGUAUUUUAGAUUUUGGAAUUCUAAAUUAUUUCACCAAUAAUAAUAAUAAUAAUAAUAAUAAUAAUUAUUAUUGUUAUUGUUAUUAUUAUGCGGUUUUCUGGCAUUGUAUAUUUCUGCCGCUUCUGUGACUGUUCAUUUGUAUUUUGAUUCCGUAGCCCACUUGUCGAUGGAUGUCCAGAAUCAGCAGCAUCCAUCGCGGUCCUUUUUAUCCUGGGCGACAACCGAGCCAGUGUAGACUUCGUUUUGGUUUGAUUCACCAUAAUGCUAAUGGGUUAGGUGCUCUUGGUUCCAUUCCUCAGCUGAGACCUCUCUGGCUUGGUUGGACCUGCCGGUAGUUACACUACUGCCAGCACAGCUCUCAGCGUCAUUGGAAUGGUUAAGCCCCCCACCAUGGCAAGGGGGGGGGCAAUUAAGGCCAAGAUCGAAAAAUCAGCUGAUGACCCAAAAUGCAGACUGUGCAAGGAAGCUGACGAAGCCAUUGAUCUGUUUUGCAGUUGGCAGAUUGUAAUUUUGUCAAUGACUAUUGUUUCCAAAUGCCGGCUGAGAUCUUUUGGCACGGCACCCAAUGUGCCAAUCACGACCGGGACCACCUGCACUGGUUUCUGCCAGAGUCUUUGAAGUUCAGUCUUGAGGUCCUGAUAGCGGCUGAGUUUUUCCUGUUGUUUUUCCAAAACAGAGGAUUUCCAGACAUGAAUCAACCAAGGGCAGUUAACGACUCUAAACAAAGGAUGCCCCAGAGGCAGGAAGAAGACAGCAGAUAAGCUUUUCAAUGCUAAUUUAAGUGAUUAACUACACUACAUUCAUACUGACCUCUCUCACCCUAGACUUUCCACAGAUAUAUAUUAACCUCUUUGCUUAGUUUUCUCCAUACCUCACAACCUCUGAGGAUGCCUGCCAUAGAUGUGGGCGAAACGUCAGGAGAGAAUGCUUCUGGAACAUGGCCACACAGCCCGAAAGACAUACAACAACCCUGAAGCCAUUGAUCAUAUCCUCAGCUGCUGUAAGAAAAUUGCACAGACAGACUACAAUCAGAGGCACAACUAUGUGGCUCAAAUGAUUCAUUGGAACUUAUGCCUCAAGUACCACCUCUCAGCAGUAAAGAACUGGUGGGAUCACAAACCUGCAAAAGUAUUGGAAAAUGAGCACGCAAAAAUACUGUGGGACUUCCGAAUCCAGACUGACAAAGUUCUGGAACACAACACACCAGACAUCACAGUUGUGGAAAAUAAAAAGGUUUGGAUCAUUGAUGUUGCCAUCCCAGGGGACAGUCGCAUUGACAAAAAACAACAGGAAAAACUCAGCCGCUAUCAGGACCUCAAGACUGAACUUCAAAGACUCUGGCAGAAACCAGUGCAGGUGGUCCCGGUCGUGAUUGGCACAUUGGGUGCCGUGCCAAAAGAUCUCAGCCGGCAUUUGGAAACAAUAGUCAUUGACAAAAUUACAAUCUGCCAACUGCAAAAGGCCACCCUAUUGGGAUCUGUGCGCAUCAUCCGAAAAUACAUCACACAGUCCUAAACGCUUGGGAAGUGUUUGACUUGUGAUUUUGUGAUAUGAAUUCCAGCAUAUCUAUCUUGUUUGCUGUGUCAUAUAAUAAAAUAAUAAUAAUACCAUCAUUAUUGUUUUGUAACCACCAUGUGACUUGAAAAAGGGACCUGGAAAAAUAAUUCUGCACAUGCUAAAGCAGAAUGAGACCUGGAAAAAUGUGUCUUCCUGUGUCUGUGUCCCUGCGAAAGAGCUGGCAGGAGAUGUCAUUCCCAAAUCCUUCCUAGAGGCUCUCUGCGCUCCUCCUUGUUUUUCCCCCAUCAGAAACCAGCAAAAGACUGAUUCCUAUUCCAGGCUUUUGGGCUUCCACGCUAAUUUAACCUGAACCAUUUCCUGCUUUAUGAGAAGGAAGCAGGGAUGAAGGCUGUACAUUUGAAGGGGAACUGAAAAGAAUAUCAGCAUUUUUACGGCUGUUCUUUUUCUUGGCAAGACAUCAGGGGAAUGCCUCCCUGCCCCCAAGGGGAGAAGGUGGAAGAAUGCAAACACUGGAUCAGGCUAAGUUUGUUUUUAUUUCAAGUUUGUCCUUGCGGUGUUUCCUCCUCAUCCUUGUUUUAUUAAUAUUCAUGCAAUUCAUUCCCAGACCCUUGUUUAUGUGCCAUGCAGCUCCAGACCCAUUCAGCCGAAAACUAGGAGCACUGUGAGACAAGGGAUAUCUGAACACUUCAAACAUCUUCUUCCCGAUUAAAUCAAAAUGCACAUCAAAAUUAGAAGAAGGUGUAGGAAGGCAGGCACAAUAUCCUGCCCCAAAAGUAAGACUACAAAGUUGCAAGGAAAACUAUGCUUUCUGGAAUCAAGUUUUUCAGUUGCUAGCUAGAUUCAUCACUGGAAGUAAAUUACUCUCAGUAAGGGCAUGCACUUUGGUGUGUGGUGUUGUCUAUAUGUUUGCAGCUAGCCUCAUAUAUCCAAGAAAAGCCACAAUUUGCAGUGUCAUUCUUUGACCAAUUUGGAUGUUGAAAUAAGAACAUGCAACCUUUCACUUUCAUAAAAAUGUUUAUUUGGCAGAAUAAAAAACGAAUUCCAAACUCUAAAAAUGAAUAAGAGAAGGGAAAUUAUUAAUGCAAACUUCAUCAUCAUCACCGUCAUCAUCAUCAUCACAGUGAACACUUUAGGUUCAGAAAACUAGCAAUCGUACAUGUUAAUCAAUAAUUUGAUCUUGUGUUUAAAUCAAAGGCAAGUUUGGGGGACAACAUUAUUUUGAUAUAACGCAAGGAACGUUUUUAAAGUACAGACUAAGCUCUUGCCUUUCAUUCCUAUACUCAGAGAAGAGGAUGGUUCUAUCUAUCUAUCUAUCUAUCUAUCUAUCUAUCUAUCUAUCUAUCUAUCUAUCUAUCUAUCUAUCUAUAUCACAGAGUUAAGGUAUGCACGCAUAUUGAGCUGUAGAUAAAUCAAUCCACGGUAUUUUGGGAUGAUUUUUUGACAAAAAUUCUUGAGACUUAUAGAUACAGUAAAGGUACAGGUUCCCCUGACGUUAAUUCUAGUCGUGUCCGGCUCUGAGGGUUGGUGCUCAUCUCAAUUUCUAAGCCGAAGAGACGGCGUUGUCUGUAGAUGCCUCCAAGGUCAUGUGGCUGGCAUGACUGCAUGGAGUGCCGUUAUACCUUCCUGCCAGAGCGGUACCUAUUGAUCUACUCACAUUUGCAUGUUUUUGAACUGCUAGGUUGGCAGGAGCUGGGGCUAACAGCUGGAGCUCAUACUGCUCUCUGUAUUUGAACUGCCAACCUUUCGGUCAGCAAGUUCAGCAGCUUAGCAGUGUAAUCCGCUGCACCAUCGGGGGCUCCUACACAUAGGUAUAUAAAACUUAAUUUUAAUUUUAAAAAAUAAAAUAAAUAAAUGUA